AUGGAUACUUUUUGUCACGUUCCCCCAGGGUUUAGGUUCCAUCCCACAGAUGAGGAACUUGUUGAUUACUACCUAAGAAAAAAAAUAGCAUCUAGAAGGAUUGAUCUUGAUGUCAUAAAAGAUGUUGACCUUUACAAAAUUGAACCAUGGGAUCUUGUAGAGCUUUGCAGAAUAGGAACAGAAGAACAAAAUGAAUGGUACUUUUUUAGCCAUAAAGAUAAAAAGUAUCCAACAGGGACAAGAACAAAUAGGGCAACUGCAGCUGGAUUUUGGAAAGCAACUGGACGAGACAAGGCAAUUUAUAGUAAGCAUGAUUUGAUUGGAAUGAGGAAAACAUUGGUGUUUUAUAAAGGUAGAGCUCCAAAUGGACAAAAGUCAGAUUGGAUAAUGCAUGAGUAUAGGCUUGAGUCAGAUGAAAAUGGCACACCACAGGAAGAAGGAUGGGUUGUGUGUAGAGUAUUCAAGAAAAGAGUAACAACAACACUUCGCAAAAUGAGUGAACAUGACUCUCCUUGUUGGUACGAUGAUCAAGUUUCUUUCAUGCAAGACAUGGACUCACCAAAUCAAACCUCUCAACCAAAUUUAAUCUACCAACAACUUCCAUAUCCUUGCAAAAAAGAGCUAGACAAUUCACCAUACCAAAACCUACCUCGUGACCAUUUUCUCAAUCUCCCUCUUCUACAUAGUCCAAAGCUUACUAUAGAUCAUACAAAUUUAAAUUCCAUGAUUCCUUCACCAAUGCUACUACAAGAAGAACAACAUGUCUUGCAAGCUAAUCAACAAAACUUUCAUGCUAUGUAUGGAAACAAUUCCGAUGUCGACGAUCAAGUAACCGAUUGGAGAGUUCUUGACAAGUUUGUUGCUUCACAACUUAGUCAAGAUGCAACAAAGGACGACAAUGACAACAUGUUUCAUGGCAAUGUUGAAUUCGGAAAUUCGGAGAAACAAGAAAUGGUGGAUCAUGAAAAUGCCUCAACAUCAAACUCAAGUUGUCCUAUUGAUAUGUGGAAAUAG